UUGUUUCAGCCAGGAGAGCAACUCCUUGUGACUCGCUCCAUUGAAAUCUGGAGACCCACCUUGUUUUGUGAAAAUUAGAUUCCAGCCUUGCAGAUCGGGCGCUUUUGAGUUGUAUCUCGUUGUAUGAUCGUGCAAAGGGGAACCGUGUGUCAGUCAACCACAAAGCCACCAUUCUCGCCACUGCCUAAGGCAGAUCUCCUGAUGUGUCCCACGGUCAAAUUAAUCUAGGCUACACAUGAAGAUGGCAGACGAGUCGCCCAGACAAUUCCUAGCAGGAGUGGGUAACAAGAAGAAGGCAUGCACUGAAUGUCGGCAACAGAAGGCUAAAUGCGAUGCACAUUUGAACAUAGGAGAUGCUUGUUCACGUUGUAAGAGGAUUGGGCUGCGGUGCACUAUAUCCGCCCCGUUCAAGAGAGAGAACAAACGCCAGAGACUGUAUGAACUCGAACAUGAAACAGACUCCCUACGGAAUCGGCUCGUGACAGAAAGUCGGCAGCUCGGAGCAACCGAGACCCCACAGACAGAGCAGCAUCACAACGAACUUGACGAUUCUUUCCAUCUCGAAGCUGUCAACACGACAAGACAUCGUUUGCUCAGUACGAUAUCCCCCACUCAAAACCUUGGCUUACUACCCCCUGCCACGCCUUCGCAUACGAUUUAUGCACCGCUCAAUAUCAAAGCGCCAACAACUACCCCUCGAACUCUGGACGGAGUAACAGUUUCCGCCAGUGAUAUCAACAAUAUCUUUGAGUUGUACUUUCGCGAUUACGCCCAGUUUCUACCAAUACUUGACCCCAAGCUAUCGCCUGAUUCGUGUUACCAGCAAUGUUCUCUCUUAUUCUGGACCGUGAUCGGAACAGCCUGCAGGAGCUAUGCGCAGAAUCCGACUCUGCUGAGCGCGUUGACAAAGAGCAUCACCUGUUUAGCGCUUUUGUCUGUUACUCUCACCAAAUCGCCUCUACAACGUGCACAAGCGUUUAUGCUGUUGGUGACCUGGCCUUUGCCCGAUGCUGUUGAGACUAAUCAGCAGGAGACCAACUUCGUGCUGGCUGGUCUCCUAUUGCACCUGGCUCAAAGAAGUGGCUUACAUGUGCCCGCUGGUUCUGACGAAUUCUUUAGGGCUAAGAUGCCCAAUCUCCCUGACAUAGGCAUCGUUAGACGUUCUGAACUCUGGGCACAUAUCGUGCUAAUAUAUCAGAGGAGCUGUUUAUGCAAAGGUUUCUUAGCACGUACUUCGGGCGAUGUUUCUCCCGAGAUGAGUCAAUUCCAAGCUCGCCAGCAAACGUUGCCUUCAUCUUUAAUCUUACGGAUAAAGUGGCAAGACCUAUGUGUUCAAUGCGGCUCUGCUGUGUCCGAAAAUGGGAUUCGCAACUUGACUCCUGAUCAGGACCGCUCUCUUUCUAUCAUCAUCAGAACAUACGAGACUCAGAUCAAAAAUCUCGAGUACACUGCUGCAGACGACAGACUCGAAUGUAGCAUUGCGAAGCUAUACAUCAGAAGUCUCUACUUCUUGAAGCAAGACCAUACGUCGUACUUAGCUACUUUCGACAAGAUACAACAGGUCUCUCGCCAGGUUAUAACCAACGUGGACAGCCUCAUGCACCGAGCGUCGAAUCCAGUGUCUCUGCCUCAUCAUAUUGUUUGUGCACUCAUCUUCGCCACUUAUGCUCUAUUGCGAGUGCUCAAGUCGGCUGUGCCUAUUCUCCACAGCGAGCGAGAGGAAGCGAGAGCAUCAUUCUUCCAUGCGCUUGGUCUUGUGAAGAAACUCUCCAUCGACAACAGCGACAUGUGCAACAAUUCGGUCACGUAUCUGACCCAACUUUGGAACAGCUCGCGGGCAUUCAAGAAGGCCGAUGGCUCUGAUCAAUUGAGCUUGAGAGCAAGAAGCAGGCUGAACGGUAGUCACGUCGUGGAUGCUAUCGUUUGGUGGAGAGAGGAGUUUGAUCCUCACCUCAAAGCACAGAUACAAACACUGAGGAACAGUGCUCUUGAUCCGAUGGAGCCUAUACAAACAGGCGUCCAACCCGACCAUAUCGCUCCGCAGGACGAACAAGAUCAGAUGCCAGAUUUUGGAGACACUUCCCUGUUCGACUUUGAUUACUUCAUGAGCGCCGACUUGUCUUUCUCAGAAGGCUUCUUUGACUUUACUGGUUCAAACAAUUGAAUCGUCGGCCAAUGCGAUUCUCGACGAUCGUUGCCGCGGCGAAGCGUGCCAACUGCGAACAGGUCGAAGCCUCCUGACUGGCCAGAACUCCCUCAUUCAAGCUUGUUCCCGCCAACAACCUCGCUAU